CAUUCCUCUCCUGAAUUCCUUUGUCUUCUCUCACACAACAGAAUGAUGAGUGGAAACAUUUCUUCUUUGGAUAUGCUCAUGAAUUCGUCGUCGUCUUCAUCUGACGACGACGAACUCAUUCUUGUAGCAUUCGCAGAGCGCAAGAAGGAAGAGCAGAGGAACCGUCGACGCCAUGGCGGUUCCAAGCAUGGACGUCAGACAAUCAAUCGAGCAAGAGAUGCAGAAUUUGUUCUACUAUGGAAUGACUACUUCAAAGAAAGUCCUCGCUAUCCCGAAAACUUAUUUCGGCGAAGGUUUAGGAUGUCUCGUAAUUUGUUUAAUCGCAUAGCUGAAACUAUACUUCAACAUGAUUAUGAUGGUUAUUUUACGCAAAAAAGAAGUGCUUGUGGACUUCUUGGGUUGCAUCCGUUGCAAAAGAUGACCGCAGCAAUGCGAAUGCUAACUUAUGGAAUAGCAGCUGAUAGUGCCGAUGACUACAUCCGGUCUGCAGAAGCUACUAAUCUAGAGGCUAGCAAGAAGUUUGUGAUCAAAAUUUGUGAAGUCUUUGGAGACCAAUACCUGAGAUCUCCAAAUGAAGAAGAUACUGCAAGAUUACUUGCAAUAUGGGAGGAAAGAGGAUUCCCUGCUGAAGGUGAAGCUCCAGAAGUGAAUUAUACCAUCAAUGGUCAUCAAUACACAAUGGGGUAUUACCUUGCAGAUGGCAUAUAUCCACGGUGGGCAACAUUUGUGAAGACCAUACCAUCUCCACAAACAAGAAAGAAGAAACAUUUUGCCCAAAGGCAAGAGGCGGCUAGAAAGGAUGUGGAACGAGCCUUUGGAGUUCUGCAAUCCCGUUUUGCCAUUGUCCGAGGACCUGCGAAAGGUUGGAAACGUAAAGAAAUCGGUGAUGUCAUGAAAGCUUGUGUCAUAAUGCACAAUAUGAUAGUUGAAGACGAACGGCACACUGGUCAGCAAAACAACACUUAUGAGGCAAUGGGAGAAAGAGUCAGGGUGUCCUCUACUCAUGCGGAAGAGCUGAGUGCAUUUAUUCAGAUGCAUCAGCAAAUUAGAAACAAAGAUGAACAUUCUCAGCUUCAAGAUGAUCUAGUUGAGCACCUCUGGCAGAAGUUUGGACACGAAUGAUGUAGUACAAGUAACUUUGUAGUAUAUUUCCUUUCAUCUAGUUUUUCAUGUAUGCAUAAGAAAUAGUUGAAGUGACAAAUAGUUCAAGUCACAAAUAGUUGAAGUGACAAAUAAUUCAAGUGACAAAUAGUUCAAGUGAUAAGAAAUA